UGUCCAUUUCCAUUUCCAUUUCCAUCUCUCUCUAUAAAAACCAAAUCCAAGGCUCCAUUUUGGUUCCUCAUUUAAUUCAUCAAACAAACGCACCUAAUAGUUGAUUUCCUGCUUUGAUACCAUGUUUCGAAUCAGCAACACGGUUGUGGUAAUCCUCAACUGCUGCACCCUGGUGGUGGGCCUGGCCGCCAUCUCCUCCUCGGCGUAUUUCCACUUUCACGCCAACACCACCGACUGCCAGAGGGUUCUCCAGACCCCUCUCUUGAUCGUCGGGGUCUUCUUCUUCGUGGUCUCUAUUCUCGGCAUUGUAGGGGCUGCUUGCAGGAUCAAUUCAGUCCUUUACACCUACUUGUUUUUCGUCUUCCUGUUGAUCGUUGGCCUCAUCGCCUUCACCGUGUUCGCGCUGUUGGUCACGAAUAAAGGAUUAGGCCAGGCCGUGUCGGGACGAGGGUACAAGGAGUACCGUGUGGCAGACUUCUCUCACUGGCUGCAGCGGUAUGUGAACAAAGGCCAGAACUGGGAGAAGAUCAAGAGUUGUUUGGCUGAGUCCGGGGUUUGUGGGAGUCUUGGUAAUGGCAAUAAGCUGAUGAACGUUGCAGAUUUUUACAAACUCAAUUUGUCUCCUAUACAGUCUGGUUGCUGCAAGCCCCCAUCGUACUGUGAGUUCAUAUACAAGAAUGCAACAUACUGGCAAGUCCCAAAAUCCGGGCCGGCCACGCCGGACAGUGACUGCACAACAUGGAGCAACAAGCAGGAUAAGCUAUGCUACGACUGCAAGUCAUGCAAGGGAGGAGUGCUGGCCAACAUAAGGAAGGAGUGGAGGCGUUUCGCCAUAAUCAACACCUUCAUCACUAUCUUCAUCAUCCUUGUCUACUGCGUUGGCUGUUGUGCCACCAAGAACAACCGCCCAGAGUUUAAGUACGCUAGACAUAGUGGCUCAGGAUACCCUUGAGCUAUAGAUCAUAACAUGCUCUCUCAUGUGUUAGUGUUUACUGUUUAGAAUGUAAUAGAUGUUGUUUCUUUGUUGUGGCUUAGGUGAUAUUAGUAUCGAUGUUUAUUAUUUUUAUGUAUUAUUUUUUUUUAGUACUCAAAACUCUCAAACUAUGGUAUGUUUAUUGUUUACAGUUCUUGGUGAAUUUCUUCAUGUUGUUUGUUUAA